AUGGUGUUAGAUGCUGAAAUGUCAGAGGUCCCUAAAGAAGGGCAACCUCCAAUGCAAGAUAUUGUUAUGGCAAAGGCCAGAUCCGAAGUGUCCUUGGAAGAACUGGAUCCCAGGGUCGGAAAAGAAUUGGAAGAAGAGAUUAAGAAAGAACUGAAAGACUUCCUUCGAAAAAAUUCAGAUGUAUUCGCAUGGAGACAUGAAGAUAUGAUUGGAAUAUACCCUAAAGUCUACCCAAAGGAUAGUUUCCCACUUCCGAGAAUCGACCAGUUGGUAUAUUCGACUGCUGGGCAUGAAUUGCUAAACUUCAUGGAUACCUAUUCAGACUACAAUCAAAUCCCUAUGUUCCCGGGAAAUGAGGAGAGCACAUCUUUCAUCACUGACAGGGGACUUUACUGCUAUAAGGUAAUGCCCUUUGGCCUGAAAAACUCUAGAACCACUUACCAAAGGCUAGUCAAUAAGAUGUUCGCGUACCAGCUCGGCAAAACGAUGGAGGUCUAA